UCUGAGAAACUCCACAACCUGCCCUCUCUCCCCUCACAGCUUUCCUCUCUUCCUGUGGAUAGACAUCCAGGAGACAGGCUUGCCAAUUAAAAUACUGUGCAUUUUAGAAAAGGAGCAUUAUGGAUUUUUCCUUCUUAUUCUUUAUAAGUGUGGUUGUUUUCAUACUGGGACAACAAGGGUCCCUUGCAAACAGAAGUCCAUCUGUGAAUGCUACUCCACAGAUUCACCGUCGUGAACGACGCUGCUCCUGUGAAAACCUGAAGGACAAAGAAUGUGUGUACUUUUGCCACAUAGGAAUUGUAUGGGUCGAUACACCCAGUCAGGUCAUUCCCUAUGGUGUGGGUUCACUUCAAAUGCGUCUAAGACGAGAUGUGGUGCGAUGCCAUUGCGCAGACAAGAGAGAUAAAAAGUGUUUGCGGUUUUGCUCUUACUUGGAUCUCCAGCAAGAAGAUGAAAAUGCCUCAGUCAAAAGGUCCCAUCCCAGAAACUACAAAGAACAAUACAAGUCUAGAUUGCCCCAGAGACCAAGGCGGCACAAUCCAAUACAAACAACCUGAGAGAAAU